AUGGCGUCGGUGGACGCUGGACCAAGUCGCCGUGCCCCGAAGCCUCCUCGCCGUGCGCCGAGCGCAGACACACCAAAGUCGACCCCUUUCCGUGGCACUAGUGCGACAGGAAGAAGAACGCCAUACAAAGCUGAAGACGGCUCGCACACAUACAUCCCUCUUGUUCCGAUCCUGACUCCUGAAUAUUCGGCGCAACUCCAGUCUGCUCCAGCACGUCCAGAGCCGGCGUACCAUCGUCAAUCCUCCUCCCAAGGCCGCGUCCACGGCCAUCUCCAACGACCUCACGAACCGCCUCCUUUGCUUCCUCUGUUCAAAUACUCUAGAAGACCUCCUUCGUCCAGUCUUUGGAAUCCUGUGAAUUAUAUUCCACGCUCCGCCGCUCGCUCGUCUCAGCAGCUGUCUCCGCGCACAGUUUUGACAGGCGAUUCUAGACCGAAGAGAGACGCCUAUCCGCUACUUACCCUACCUGAGCGUCGGCGAAUUCGCUCGCAGCAAUCCAGUGCGGCAAGUGUAGCUGUCAAACGAAGCAUUGACGAACCCGAAGCCGCCGGGCGUACUAGCAUCGGGCUCCCUCACAGGCACAGACGCGGAAAUACCUUGGGAGAUAUAGAGAUGGUCAACCUUUCAGAAUCUUCUACGGGGCAAAGGAAUGAUCUCAGGUCAUCGGAGCCUCCCUUCUCUGUCAGAAAUGGCAAUCUUUUCUCUAUGAACGGAAGUACCGCUGCCCAACAGCACCCAGAUGAUCCGCCAGAGACUCCUCGACAUGUCAACUCUCAUCAAACUUUCAGACCGCAGACUUACAUUUCCGUGCCGCCUGUGAACACUAAUAAUGUUUCGACGAACCCUCAGAUUCCCAAUAAUCCAUCCAACGGUGAUGUCCCGGAAGAACUGAGUUGGGGACCUUCUCACCCCUGCUUCCCACAUAUGAACACUCACGUCUCCCUAAAUUCGGAAGAGUAUGUUCACACACGAGUGAUCCGGAUACGACGUGACUGGAUGGUCAAAGGAGAUCUUGCACCCACCUUCUCCAACUUAUAUCCAGAAAUUCUUGAUCCUCUCCUGGGCGAACAGGAAUUCCGAAGCAUCAUCACCAAGAUAAACGAGGAGCUUAUCAUUGCGUUUGACCCGUACAGCGCGCGCAACUGGUUUGACGGGAUAAUCGGAUUCCUCACCGGCUGGAUAUGGGACGAUCUAGGAGCUAGCCGGAUCAAGUCUCGGAUUAAGGGACUUGAAGCCUGGAUAGAUAAUUGGAAUCGAGAAGUCGGUGCCCCGGAAGGCGUUAAGAUAUGGGGUCCUCGGCGAACAGGCUUUUUAUCCUUAGAUAUACAGAUUCCCGAUCCGAAGAUUGGCAUCGUGGAAAGCGAUGGUGGCUCCGAUCUAGGGACGAGAACAAGACCUAGCACUGCAACCACACGGCUAGCUGAACGGCAGCAACAUGUAUGA